UCAUAAUAGUAUCCGAACAUAAUUUUUCUGCUUACUUUUUUUUUUCUUUUAUUUAAUAUGGCGGAAGCAUUGACCGCCGACGGGACGUCUGAUUUUUUCAUUAUUCAAUUACGAAUCACUUUUUCGCAAUAAUUUCGCGUGUAUGUGAUACAAAAGUGAACAUUAGAAGCUUGUGUGUUAUUUAUCGACAUAUAAUUAUUUUAACAGUGCGCUGAAAAAGCUGGCUCUUCUAUAAAAAUGUCUAAACGGGCAGCAUAUGGGGAUGAUGAGGACAAUCCACCCACACCAUCUGAUGACUCGGACUUUGAUGAUGACGAAGACCCAGAUAACUUGGAAGUCCCAGGCGGCGGCAAAACACUGGCAGCCGCAGCUCAGCUGGGGAACAAACCCAAAGUCACAGCGGCACCGAUGCCGGUCACAGUCAGAGCUACUACAAAUCCGUUAGCUGCCGCAUCAGGACUAGCGUUCGGUCAAAUGGCCAACCAGGUGAAGCCUAUCAAGAUAUCUGCCAGUGCCUUGUCCAAACCUAUCAACCUGGGCGGCUUGCCUCGCGGUGGUGCUGCCGCGCCGUCGCCCUUCGCGGCGGGCUCGUCGGCCGCGUACAGCGCCGCCUCGCUGCUCGCGCAGAUGGAAAUGGCGGGGAUACCGGGGAUGAACUCGUACCUGCUCCAGAACCUAAAUCAGAUAUUAGCGUCGGGCAUGGGUGGGCCUUUGGCAGGCAUGCUUGGACAGUUUGCACAGCUCACUACACCUAAUUGGGGACCUAAGGCUGGUCUCUUUCCGCAAGACAAGAUGCACGGUGACGAAGAAGAGGUGGACGAUGAAGAAAUGGGCGUGGCAGAGACGUACGCCGACUAUAUGCCUACUAAACUGAAACUCGGACGCAAGCACCCUGACCCUGUCGUAGAGACAGCCUCGCUCUCCUCCGUGGAGCCCAUCGAUGUGCACUACACCGUCAGCUUACCAGACGAGACGAUACGGAACGGGCUGCUAUCCGCUCUGCAGUUGGAGGCCGUGGUGUACGCGGCGCAAGCCCACGAGCACACGCUGCCGGACGGCACGAGGGCCGGAUUCCUUAUAGGUGACGGCGCUGGUGUGGGCAAAGGCCGAACCAUCGCCGGUAUAAUCUUCGAGAACCACCUGAAGGGCCGCAAGCGCGCCAUCUGGGUGUCCGUCUCCAACGACUUGAAAUACGACGCGGAGAGAGAUCUGAGGGACAUCGGGGCUGGGAAGAUUGAAGUUCACCCUCUGAAUAAGUUCAAAUACGCAAAGAUCUCAUCAGCGGUGAACGGCAACGUGAAGAAAGGCGUGGUAUUCUGUACAUACUCUGCGCUGAUCGGCGAGACGCAGUCGAACACGACUAAAUACAGGACGAGGCUCAAGCAGCUGCUGCAGUGGUGCGGGGAGGACUUCGACGGAUGCAUCGUAUUUGACGAAUGUCACAAAGCGAAGAACCUCUGCCCCGUCGGCUCGGGCAAGGCCACAAAGACCGGCCUUACCGCUCUAGAACUACAAAACAAACUCCCCAAGGCUCGCGUAGUAUACGCUUCGGCCACGGGAGCGUCUGAACCUAGGAACAUGGCGUAUAUGGUGCGGCUUGGGAUAUGGGGAGAAGGAACACCAUUCCCUACGUUUAUGGACUUUAUCAACGCUGUGGAAAAAAGAGGUGUCGGCGCCAUGGAGAUUGUAGCCAUGGACAUGAAACUCCGGGGCAUGUACAUCGCUCGGCAGCUCUCGUUCCACGGCGUCUCGUUCAAGAUAGAAGAAGUGCCGCUAUCCGACGCCUUCCGGGAGACUUACGACAAAUCUGUCGCAUUGUGGGUGGAAGCCAUGCAGCGGUUCACAGAGGCAGCAGAACUCAUCGAUGCGGAAGCUCGCAUGAGGAAGACGAUGUGGGGGCAGUUCUGGUCGGCGCAUCAGAGGUUCUUCAAGUACCUGUGUAUCGCCGCUAAGGUGCAUCACGCAGUAGUAACAGCUCGAGAAGCCGUCAAGUGCGGCAAGUGCGUCGUGAUCGGCUUACAGAGCACGGGCGAGGCUCGAACCCUGGACCAGCUGGAGAGAGACGACGGAGAGCUCAGCGACUUCGUCUCCACCGCCAAGGGCGUGUUCCAAUCCCUGGUCGAGAAACACUUCCCCGCACCGGACCGCGAGCGCAUCAACCGGCUUUUAGGCCUCGAGGGGCCUAAAAAGGCCCUUCCUACACCCACACCCAAUGGACGUACUCCUACUGUAACGGCCUUGACCGGGGAGUCCAGUAAGAGGAAAUUAACAUCACGACAACAAGCCAACAUAGCGGCAAAGAGAGCUCGCGGAGGUUCGUCUUCGGACGAGUUCAUUAGAGGAUCCGACGACGAAGGAGAAGCAGAGUCGGGUGACGAACGCAGGCGGUCCGACUCGGAAAGCGACUCCAAUCCGUUCCGCGCCGGAUCCGGCACGGACUCGGACACUGAACCCUGGAUGAGAAAGAAGAAGCCCCUCAAGAAGAAGAAAGCGGCGUCCCCCAAAAAGAAGCCGUCCACCACACAGGACAAAAUCGAGAAUAUGUUCUCCAGGAAGACCAGUACCGCGCCCGCGGUCACCGUCGCCGCGCCCAGCGGGGUGCUGACGGGGACGCCGGUCGGGACCAAUGGGCUCUAUCUAGGUCCGGCGCGCAACAACCAGCCCCCACCGCGCUCGGCCAUCGAGCGCGCCUGCAGCAUGAAGGAAGAACUCCUCGCCGCCAUAGAGCGGCUCGCCAAGCGCCUGCCGCCCAACACGCUCGACCAGCUGGUCGACGAGCUCGGCGGCACCGAGAACGUGGCCGAGAUGACAGGACGCAAAGGGCGCGUAGUUCAAACGGAAGACGGGCAGAUCCUCUACGAGAGCAGAUCCGAAGCCGACGUGCCUCUGGAAACGCUCAAUCUAACGGAGAAGCAGCGAUUCAUGGACGGCGAGAAGGAUGUAGCCAUCAUUUCUGAGGCGGCGUCCAGUGGUAUCUCACUACAGAGUGACAGGAGGGCGCGAAACCAAAGGCGGCGCGUACACAUCACCCUGGAACUACCGUGGUCUGCCGACAGGGCUAUACAGCAGUUCGGUCGCACACACCGAUCCAACCAAGUGAACGCGCCGGAGUACAUCUUCCUGAUCUCGGACUUGGCCGGCGAGCGCCGCUUCGCCUCCACCGUGGCCAAGCGGCUCGAGUCCCUCGGCGCGCUCACGCACGGGGACCGCCGCGCCACCGACGCCAGGGACCUCAGCCAGUUCAACAUCGACAACAAAUACGGUCGGACGGCGCUUGAAGCUGUGAUGAAGGCCAUUAUGAAGUACGAAACGCCGCUAGUGCCCCCGCCGAGGGAUUACAAUGGAGAUUUCUUCCAGGAUAUCGCCAGCGCGCUCGUGGGAGUGGGACUCAUUACCAACAGCGAGUCUGCGCCCGGGGUGCUCACGCUCGACAAGGACUACAAUAACAUGUCGAAGUUCCUGAACAGGAUAUUGGGUAUGCCGGUGGAGCUGCAGAACAGGCUCUUCAAGUAUUUCACGGACACGCUCAACGCCGUCAUGGAGCAAGCCAAACGCAGCGGGCGGUUCGACCUCGGCAUCUUGGACUUGGGAAGCGCCGGCGAGUGCGUGCGGCGCGUGCGCUGCGUGCGCUUCGUGCGCCGACACGCCACCGGCACCGCGCCCGUCGAGCUACACACUGUGCAUUCUGAGCGCGGUAUGGACUGGACGGAGGCGCUCGAAAAGCACUCACAACACGACGGGCCCAAAGAGGGCUUCUACCUAUCAGUAGCGCAACGCAACGGAAAAUAUACCGCUGUGUUAUGUAUCGCCGUAGGGAACCAGCACGCGAGAACACAGACCAAGCUCAGCAAGAAGGAGCAGAUGUAUCAGAUAUACAGGCCUAACACCGGUCUUCAGCUGCGUUUAGAAUCCCUAGCGGAGAUCGAGAAGAAAUACAAGCGGGUAACGGCCGAGGACGCCGAGACAUCGUGGCGCGCGCAGCACGCGGCGUCGCUGCGCACCUGCAGCCACGCCUACUGGCGCGCCUCCUGCAGGAACGCUGCUAGCUGUGAGGUGGGACUGAGACGGCGCACGUACCACGUGCUGUCCGGGUCGGUGCUGGCGGUGUGGGCGCGCGUGGAGGCCGUGCUGGCGCAGCGCUCGCAGCUCAACAAGAUGCAGGUCGUGCGCAUCAAGACCGACCAGGGACUCAAGAUUGUCGGCACGGUGAUCCCAAAGAACUGCGUGGACCCGCUGAGGGAGACGCUCUCGUCGGACGCCGUGAACGUGUCCGAGCAGUCGUUCGAGCAGACCGACCUCAAGUGAGCGAGCGAGACGGAGUGAGGGCUGGAGGGUGAACACUGAUCAUAGGUGAACCACUGUUCAACUGGACUGGACAUAUGUUGUGGUAUCCCUCUUAAACUAAACGUACGUCAUUGUACUAUAACAGCUCAGGGCACAGAAUAAGUAAAUAGUACAGAAAGGCCACUUCCUACUAAGUCUGACAGCGAUUCAGGGACGAAUCAUACUGUCCCUUUCUAAUGUAUGGCACUAUCCCUUCCGGCUAUAUAGGGUUGUCCAAAUUCAAGUCAUCUUAUCUGUGGUCGUCCACGCAAAGGGAUGUCAAGUUGUGCCAACCCUAAUAAUUGCUCGGAGCAAUGCUGAGCCGAACGGAGCCGAGUUUGCCCAAAAGGAAGAGUGUCUCCCCACUGCUCAGGGUUAAUAGGGAGUAUUACUGCAAUGUUCUGCCGCCAGAGUGCAGCAACAGCAACCCCCUACGCAGAGUUUUGUGUAAUAUUCCCUAUUGUGGUUGGUGUAACUGGCGGUAACUGUUUUAAACUAUGGUCUGGAUGUACAUAAAAAGAACAUAUUCACUUAUUUGGAGUAAUUCACAGUAUACAAAAAAAUUGUAUACAUCAGCAUCCCAGUUGAAUGUCAGAGCUUAUGCUGCAAUUAAAUUAAUUGCGAUUGUACAAAUGUAGUGCAAAAUUAUUUUCCAUCGUUUUUUCACGGAACCGUACGAACGUCUUGCUAUUUCAGUCAGUCUCGGUACAAAAAGUACUUCGGUUGCAUGAAGUAGCCUGACAAAAAUACGAACGUUUCCGAGAUAAUACGAUGGAAACCAAUUAUGCAACUAAUGUGUAGUAUAUGAGGGGGUUUCAGAAAAAAGUGUACCUUUUACUUUUUUUCGAAAAACUGACAAUUCUUGGGUUAUUUCGACUCAGAAGCACGAGGACUAUUGAUUAAAACAAAGAAAAUAUGUUUCCCCAGAUUUUCAUACAAAUUUUGGGUGUCAAUUUUGUGAGGGUCCAUACAAAAUGUAUGUACAAAAGUCACAAAGAUUUUGGAUACUUUUUUUUUUCCUUUUUUAUUUGAUAUUCUGAGUAGAAAUAACCUAAACGUUGGUGGUUUUUUCAAAAAAAGUUAAUGGUACACUUUUCUAAAAAAUGACCAUAUAUCUCAUGCAAGAAUAGAUAUGUUAUAUCCAUCCAUAUGCUAACUGCAACAAUUUUGAAGUGUGGACAUACCAAAAAUGCUCCAUCUCCAUACAUUAUGACAGAAACAUUCGAUAGACCUGGCUGGGUUCGGGACCAUGGUCAUGAUGGGCCAUGGUCGGGUGUGAUAGGCCUUGCCUUGCCGUCGGCUUCGGCUCACGUAGUCAAUUAUCGAUUAUUUGGAUCAUUUCUCAUUCAGCCUCCCGUUGUUCUAAUUAUGGAAACGCUUGACUUUAUAUGCCAACGCUUGUCAAGGUCGAGAGAGGGUAUGUGGGGCCUUAAUAGGCUAAAUGUGGCUUUCCAACACAGAAGGGUCCUAGUGCUUCAAGUGCAAUAAGGGUCUUUUUAUCUGAAAUUUUAGAGGAAAAAUCACAAAUGCUCAUAUUAUUGACAUUAAAUGAAGAAUAGAAAUGAGUAAGCUUUAGAGUGCUUACUUCAAACAUAGCUAAAACCCGAUUUAUCCUAAGGCACAGCCAUACAAAUGAAAAAUUCAAAAUCUGCUACUGAAAUUUUAACCUAUAGUGUAGGAAAUAGAGUUGAUUUUGUUCUGUUUGAAAAUUGAACGAAACAAAACAAAAUCAACUGUUCCAAUUGAAUAUGAUUAAAAUUUCAUUGAACUGAAUAAAGUACCAUAUAGCUAGGACCGUGGGCCUUAGGUGGUUAUAAUAAGUUUUAUUCUUAUUUAUUAUAAGACUCAAGCUUAAAUGAAACGUAUUAAUCAUAAGUUUAAGGCGCUUCGCGCAGUUUUUGGCCAAAAACUGUUACUUUUUAGAGCUUAUAACUUCUAAAUGAGUCAACCAAAAAUUAUGAAAAAAAUAUAUAUGCAUCUUCACUCUAUGGACAACAAUCGCAACAUUUGACUUUUUUCCUGAAAUUUGUAGUUUCACCGAAAAAAAAAUAACACGACAGGCCGUUUUGCGGCUAACUUUGCUUAUAACUUCUAAACGGCUUAAUCGAUUAAAAUUAUUUUUAAACUAACAAAAAUGUUUUAACAGGUUCUACAAAUGCAACAUAGCUUUUCUUAAUCAAAAAAUAUUUUCUUAAGAAAUCGAACGUUUUUCUACAUUUCAUGCGUAUGCAGCCUGAAAAUGGCGUGGCCGGCAGUCGUGUGCCAGCUUUGAGACGAGAAGGCUGUGUCGCUCGUCGCUCCGUGCCUUGAACAAGCAAAGUGCUAUAAUAUCGGAGUUAUUGUGGCCAAAGAAUAAAUAACUGCAGAGCGCUGAUUUGGUUGCGACGCGCAUUAGCGAGCGCAACACGGUAUUUUUCGGUCUAUUACUAUGAAUGUAAUGAUAAUAUCCGUAUAUAUUAUACUAUAAUAUACGUAUGUUUGAGAAAACUUCAUUUGAAAUAAAUAAAUAAAUGUUUUCUAACCGACAUAUUAUAAUGUUAACCACUAAAAAAAUAAAUGACUGCAAAGCGCUGAUUUGGUUGAGGCGCGCUUGUAAUAAAAACCGGCCAAGUGCGAGUCGGAGUCGCGUUUCAAGGGUUCCGUACAUUACUCAAAUUAAACAAUUUAUUUUUUAUGUGAAACGUGCGUGAAAUGUCUUUAAUAAACCCGUAGGGGUUGGAUCAAAAACUAAAUUAUUAAGUCCGACUCACGCUUGACUGCUCAUUUCUAAUAAGUUUUCCUGUGAUCUAUAGGUAAAGAUCUAUUAUGUGUAUUUUUUUCAAAAUUUUAUACCCAGUAGUUUCGGAGAUAAAAGGGGGGAAUGCUCAUUUUUUGCCUAUUUUCGUGAAUAACUUCUAAACAAUUUAAAAGUGCUUGUUGCUAGGCCUAUUUGAAUAAAGAAUAUAUUUAAUUGAAUUGAAUUGACUGUUUAUCCUAAAAUUAUAAAAAAUAUAUAUUUGAGAUUCUCACAAUGAGCUCUUUCAUUUGAUAUGUAACACGAUAUAGUUUGAAAAACUUUUUUUUAAAUUUUCUCUUUUACCCCCCAAAAGUGGCCCCCGUGUUUAAAAUUAAUUUGUUUACGUUACAUGUCCGUCUUUGGGUCACAAACUUACAUAUGUAUACACCAAAUUUCAACUUAAUUGGUUCAGUCGUUUCCGAGAAAAUAGGCUGUGACAGACGGACAGACAGACAGACGCACGAGUGAUCCUAUAAGGGUUCCGUUUUUUCCUUUUGAGGUACGGAACCCUAAUAAUGAUGAUAUUCCCACGUAAUGAUUGAGAAAACUUCGAACUUCGUAAAAUAACAAAUUUGUAGUAGUAUAUGAAGCUAGUAGGUACUUUAAUUUAUAAGUUAACUAUUAAUGGCAUUAUUUAUAUUAAUUUAAUACGGAUACAAAAAAACUGUAUAAAAUAAACGCACUGUACGCCUCAAUUUAGUACAUACCAAGCUUUAGCUAUAAAUCUUAAUCCGUCGAUUUGACUUAGGUAUUUAUUUGUAAGAAACAGAUAAAACACAAAUUAACUAACUGAGGCUUGUAAAGUAUAAUGCAUAAGGGAAUAUAUUUUUAUUAUAAUUUACGACCUCCACUACACGCAUGAUCUACUCAUACUCAAACAACAAAAUAUCUGCAUAAGAUACACAAAUACGAGGUAUAGCGCCAAAUGCCGCGCGCCUCUGGGCUGUAGGUUAUUCUUUGAACCUCGUUCCGCCGCAGUCGCCGCACCGAGACGAAAUUCACGUACGAUUGCAGUGAGCGGGGUGCGGGUACAGAGACGCUGAGACGCUCAAGGCCAAAUAAGCGAGAAUCGUCUUAAUCAUUAAACUUAUUAUUUAAGUAAGUACCUUAGAAAAUCCGUGUUUAGAGUGAGCACUCUAAACUUGCUUACGCUAUGCCAAGGGUUAUGACGUCUGAAGUAAUAAAGUUUUUUGCGAAUUUCAUUCUAAUUUCGCAAAUAAAAUAUUCUUAAUAUUCCAAAGGAAUUCAAACAAUCUUCUAACAAUAUGUCAAUAAUUGUGUGCUUUUACCCUACUUAGGAAUAUGUUAGAUUUGUAUAACUUUUGUACAGUCAAGGGCAUAAAUAUAUAUACAUUCCCAAAGUUUCAAAAACAUGUGUAUGCUCUUACACCUUAGACGAUAAAGUCGUGUUCACAUAUUUUUGACCCAUUUGUCUGGAUGGAUAUUUUUGCCUUCGACUGUACAGGGUGACAUUGACAAGAAAAAAUUGGCAAAUAUGGUCCAAGUGUAUCCCCAGAGGUCCUUUACAAGGCUAUAACCGCGUAAAUCCGAAGUUCGCAAAUUAGGGGGAUCUUUCUCUGUCACUCUAAUUACUCCUUCAUUGGAGUAAAAGAGAAAGAUCCCCGCAAUUUGUGAAUUUCGGUUUUCGCGGUGGGGGCGUCGCCCUGAAACGUUUCCGAUAUAUCGAAGCCAAAUUUCGCUUUUCGAUUGCUAUCUACUCGCGAGUUUUGGGAUAACGGUUAUAUCUAUUAAUAAAGCUGUUAUAGUAAUGCCCUCUUUCUCACUCAUACUAAAAUAUUUGCGACGUUCCAUGGUAAAAGGCGCCUUUUGGCGGUCGGCGCUAAUGCGGUGCUACGCGACGUAAGCGCCAAAAGUCAUAAGUUACCUUUACACGGGGAACGUCACAUUUGUGUAUAAAAGAGACAAAACGUAUGUUGUAGCGAAUGCAACCGGUAAACAUUUAGUAUGAGUAAUAUAUGUAACAUGUAUUAAAUUACUGUUUGUGUUCUAAAUUAAAAAAAAAAACCUGUAAUUUCUACACAUUUUUUUACCGAAUUGCAUUUCCUAGUAUGUUGGCAUUGGCACGAGAAUGGUCCUAAUUUGUCAAUAUUUUUAUAAAUUUUCGGCGUUAACUCAAUACGUGACAAUUGCUUUAUUCUUAAGCUCGCUACAGACUACGCGGCGCGAAGCCGCGAACGCGAGUGUGGAAUCAUUUCGCUGAUUAGCGAAUUAGACUCCACACUCGCGUUUGUGGCUUCGAGGCCGCGAUUCGCGCACGAGUGCGGAGGGCUCUAUAGGCUGACCAUGUACUGUCACGGACUUUAAUUGUUGAGCCAUGAGCCAUUUAGGGUUCACUUUACAUUGGACAUUUCAUAACGUUAGUAUUGACAACCAAAUGAGCUUGAACCCUAUAUGGAUCAACAAAUUAGUCUGUGGCCGUACCUAAUUUCGAUUAAUCAACAGAUUUGACAUAGAAACAUGAUAUUAUUUAUGUAGCCGCCGCCUGGCGUUAGUACCUAUAGUUAUAGAUGACUUAAACCCUGUUCAUUGUAUCUUAUUUCCAAGUAAUUAGGGAAUGCAAACCGGUUUUUAAUUGUAUGGAAAAACCGGUUAAUAACCGAAAUUUCAUACAAAUAAAAACCGGUUUACAUUCCCUACCCAGUAUUAAGGGCCGUUGUCCUACGGUCACGGUGAGCAGGGUAUAGUCCCGGUAACUGGCAUUCAGUUUCCUAUAAAUAUAAUUAAUUGUUAGUGUAUGUCAUGCGUAUGCAUCGAUUAUUAGUUUUAUAUAAUUUUAAUUAUUUAUAGAUUUGUAAUGGCGUGUCCAUAUCGGCGUAGAAAAACGAUGUUCGACAUAAAGUAAGGACGCUAAGCAAAAAGAAUUUCAUAUAUUGACCCGACUGUUCCUAUCUCUAUCUCACGCACAUAAUAGGGUAGUUGACAUUUUUUUAUGAAUGGAAGUCGAUCAGGUUUGUUUUGAGGAUAAAAUGUCAGUAUGGGACCCAUUGCCUUAAAGCAAUACAAAAGUCACAAAUGAUAUUCAGUCUGACAAUCGCACUUUACUGACGAAACGGUCCUAACAAAAUGGCAAUACAUCGUGACGUCACCAUGUAACAGAAGCCGUUUCGAUGUAUGAAAAACAAGGUAAUUGCGAUUUUGUCGGUGAAAUAUUGCGUUUAUGUGUUUAAAUAAAAUGUAAGAAAUCGAGUGGUGGUAUUUUUUUCCUUUUUGGAUGUUUUAAAAAUAAUUACAUAUUGAAACUUUGAGGUUUUGUAUUUUUUAUUAUUCCAAUAUAUUUAUUAAGUUUUCAAUUUAUUGUGAUAAAUUGCUAAUUUUCAAUCUAUAUAACUAGAUUUAGUUAUAAAAUUCAACAUGUGUCAACAACCCUAUUAUAUUGGUGUCCCGUCGAUGAUGGCGGCGGUCAUGUACAGUCGCCAUCAGAUAUAUCGGAGCGGCCGAGGUGCUCAAAAAUAUCUGAACACGCAGUCUAGCGCCUUGACAAUAGAGGCGUGCUCAGAUAUUCGUGAGCACCUCGGCCGCUCCGAUAUAUCUGAUGGCGACUGUACGAAACUCUUUGUGCAUAGCGUCCUUACUUUAGUUGCCUAAACAGUUUUUUUUUUUAUUUGUGUGGAAUAAUUAUUGUUCGUUUUAAUAUGCCGGUGUGGACGCACCAUAGACAUCAACUCGAUGUGUAGGUUUUUUGUCAAUUUUAUAUAGGAACUAACAAAUUGUGUCGCCAAGUAGUAGAGUUCAACCUUCGGCGUCUGUAAGAACUGAAAUCAAUGUUUAAUUUGUACAAAAUGUAGCAAGUUCUAAUUAUAUUUUUAAUCUUAUUUGAUUAAAUUAUUCUGGUAAUCAACAUACUUCAAUCAACGCGAUUUUUUACUGACAAAGUUCCAUUAUCCUUAUAUUUUACCAAUAUACGUUGAUUGUCUGGAUAUCUAAUUCCAGCUUUGGCUAACACUAGUUAAAUCUAGUCUUUUUAAUUGAUUAUUAAAAUAGUUCCGAGAAGAUACUAUAGACACUAGUGCUUAUUUCGGUUUCUAAAUUUAUAUUAAAAGUAACUUUAGUUUAUAUUAAAAGUAUCUUAAAAGAAAUAAGCUCCUAUUAGUAUUUGAAAGAAUUGUUUCUUUAUUGUUUUAUUUGGACGCAGCAUAUAGCCUAUAACUACGUAAAUUGUAUAGAAUACAUUAUAUAUAGCGCGUGCAAUACGAAAAUGAACUCUAUUGAGCGGUUAUAAGGUAGGUAUCCCAUCGGCGUGGACUUAAUGAGAAGUAUAUUUUGUAUUUAGAUUAGUGACACACGUUGGCUUAGGGCCAGUUAUAUAAAACUUAUACUCGAAAUACACGAAAUUCUAUUGAGUUUUAACAUCUACAAUUAGAUUUGUAGAAUUAUCAUCCGACUUAGAUAAAAUUUCUUAGUCCCUCUUCUUGAGAAUGACACAGCCAAAAGGUGCAUCCACACCGCAGGUACCUUUUGUGGAGCAACACUGCAACAGUAAGUAACUAGGUACAGGUCGAUUCACAAAAGCUAGUAUGAAUGGAAUGAAUGAGUGAAUGGAAAUAUUUAUGUGUAUCACAUUAACCUAUAGGGGAUAUUACUGCAAUGUUCUGCCACCAGAGUGCAGCAAUAGCCUUUUUAGUAAACCAUAGAGUAACUUAUACAUACUGUACCUUUAACAGGUUUUUGACAAGUUUUCAGAGAUAAUAAAAUAUGACAUUGAUGCAUCAAGGCGGUUUGUUUACAGAGGACCUACCGGGAAACCCGAAUCCGAAAUUUCGCUAUCGGCCUCUUUGGCGCUCGAAUAUGCAAGUGACAAAUAUGUUAGAUAACGAAAUUUCGAUUUUCUUGUUUUGCGAUUGUGGUAGUGGCGCCCCCUACGCAGUUUCGCGUAAUAUUCCCUAUUAAGUUAUGGCUCUGACAAUAUACGGAUACAGGUGUCACUCAUGCAAUUAAAGUUUCAUUCAUUCCAUUCGUGCCAGCUUUUGUGAAUCAACCUUGUAAGUUACCUAAUGUUACCGUGUUGCUCAAGGGCCUGACACUCUUUGAUAGAGAAAGACAGUCUUAUUGCGAUUCCUAUAAGAGGAAAGAGAAAAUAGUGCCAUGCUUUGCCUUUAUCACCGACCAGGUGGCAUCAUAGGUAGGAGGCGAUGGCGAAAUAGCGAAAUUUUAUAGGAGUGAAAGAGAAAAAAUCCUAUGCUGCCCAAAUUUUAUAUGAAUAUUCUUUCUCUUACCCCCGGUCGCUCGGUGGCGCGUCUAUAACUACUUGUAUAUACUAUGUCUAUGGUGUUGCUCUGCAAUAGUUAACUGCGGAUGUUAAUGUUAUUUAUUUUAUUAUCAAUACUGAUUAUAACCUCGUGUAUUUCGAAUAUAAUAAUGAUUAGUGAUAUCGAAUCGAAUCAACCAAAUAUAUGAUAGUAAGAGCACGUGCUAGGUAAGAUGUUUUUUUUAUAAAACUGGCCCUAACGCCAGCUACUAAUGGUAAAGAUUAUUGUUGUUAGCUGUCUGUAAUACUGCGAAAUAUCUGAUUAUAUCACUAGGUGCGCUGCGGAUUUACAUAGUAAAUGCAUUGUAGAAAAUUUAUUAAUUUUUAUUUUUAUGCUAGGGUGACUACUAUAGUUAUUGGCCACUUCAUAGUAAUUGGCCACUCCGUAGUAAUUGGCCACUCCUAACAAAUCAGAAAGAAACAAGCCAAUAGAACUCUUAUUGUUAACAGUGGCCGAUAACUUUAGCAGUCACCCUAUAUGUACGAUACGAACAACAAAUGGAAUUAGUUUUUUUAAUCUCAAUUUAAUCAGAGUAUUUUGUUAAUACGAUUAGAAUUUAUUUACGAUUUUAAACACCAAUUUCCAUACAUACAUAUACAUUAUUAUUGCUAUAUAAAUCUGUAACACACUAUAUCUAUUAGUUGGAAUUGUUAAAUUCAUUACGGUUUUUCUUACCAGGUUAGUCUCUCGCACUGAUUGCGGGUAAUACAGGAAUAAUGUAAAAUAUUACAAUAUCCACUCACAGAGUAGGGAUUAAAACAGAUGCAACAAGGAAAAAGGACCAUUUGGAUUGAAGCGUAACUUUUGUAAUAUGUGAUUUGUGUAUCUGUAUUUUUCCCUACUCUGCGCUUAAACUACUCAAGUCAUGGCACUUUAAAUUUCGUCUGUCUUAAUGAAUAAAGACAAAUAAAUGUAUAUAAAUACGA